AUGGUCGAAGACAUAUGUGGUGCAUGGACGGAGUGUCGCGUUGAGAGGGCAUUGCAAGAACUAGCUCAAUUGCAUGCACUGCCAUCUUGUCCUUGUGUCUACCCGGCCGACCUGGUCUACCGCGAUGCAAUACACGAUCCACUGCUCAAUGCAACGUUCAGUUUUCCCCCUCCAUCAUUAUCCUUCCUGCACUCCACCAGGGACCGCCACCUCCUAACCCGGGGCAGCGGCGCGGGGAGUCCGGCGCUAGUGAGUCCUGAGGUAAAUCCUGCUCUUCAUCGCAAAGUGGACAUCCUUCCCUGGUUGGCCUGUCGAGGAAACUUUCUCAGGUAUCAAGCAGUUCGUCCCCCCAACAAUGGGCGCCACUGCUACACUAAUCCAGAUGACGCGGUAUAUCAGCAACAAAUUUACAUGGCUACUGAUUACUAAUUAGGAUUGGUUUGUUUAUUCACAAACACACGCAGUGUGUGUGUGUGUGUGUGUGUAGAUAGGCACA